CUGAUGUGUGGGUGUGCACACCCUGGCACGAGGGUGUGCACCCCAACACGCGGCCGUGUGCCCCCUGACAUGCGGGUGUGCACCGACACAUGGGUGUGCACCCCAAAACGUGGCUGUGCGCGCGCCCCAACGCACGGCCGUGCGCGCCCCGACACGCCGCCGUGUGCACCGACGCACGGCCGUGCACCCCGAUGCACGGCCGUGCGCACCCCGACAUGUGGGUGUGCACCGACACACGGCCGUGCACACCGGCGCACGGACACCCCCAGCGCGCCGUGCCCGUGCCUCAGUUCCCCACCGGCCCGGCCUCUCCCCGCAGGCAGCUCCUGGACAAGGACACCUUCUCCAAGUCCGACCCGCUCUGCGUCCUCUACACCCAGGGCCUCGACACCAAGCAGUGGCGGGAGUUCGGCCGCACCGAGGUCAUCGACAACUCGCUGAACCCCGACUUCGUGCGCAAGUUCGUGCUCGACUACUUCUUCGAGGAGAAGCAGAACCUGCGCUUCGACCUGUACGAUGUGGACUCCAAAAGCCCCGACCUCUCCAAGCAUGACUUCCUGGGCCAGGCCUUCUGCACCCUCGGUGAGAUCGUGGGCUCGGCCGGCAGCCGCCUGGAGAAGCCGCUGACGAUGGGGACGGUCACCGCGCACCCCCGCGGCAAGAAGCCAGCUCCGGCCCUCUCCAACGGGGGCAUCCCCGGGAAGAAGUGCGGCACCAUCAUCCUCCUCGCCGAGGAGCUGGGCAACUGCAGGGACGUGGCCACGCUGCAGUUCUGCGCCAACAAGCUGGACAAGAAGGAUUUCUUCGGCAAGUCCGACCCCUUCAUGGUCUUCUACCGGAGCAACGAGGACGGGACCUUCACCAUCUGCCACAAGACGGAGGUGGUGAGGAACACGCUGAACCCGGUCUGGCCGGCCUUCGCCAUCCCCGUGCGCGCCCUCUGCAACGGCGACUACGACCGGGCCAUCAAGGUGGAGGUGUACGACUGGGACCGUGACGGCAGCCACGACUUCAUCGGCGAGUUCACCACCAGCUACCGGGAGCUGGCGCGGGGGCAGAGCCAGUUCAACGUCUACGAGGUGGUGAACCCGCGGAAGAAGAUGAAGAAGAAGAAGUACCUGAACUCGGGGACGGUGACGCUGCUGUCCUUCGCCGUGGAGUCCGACCACACCUUCCUGGACUACAUCAGGGGCGGGACCCAAAUCAACUUCACGGUGGCCAUCGACUUCACCGCGUCCAACGGCAACCCCUCGCAGUCCACCUCGCUGCACUACCUGAGCCCCUACCAGCUCAACGCCUACACCAUGGCGCUCAAGGCCGUGGGCGAGAUCAUCCAGGACUACGACAGUGACAAGAUGUUCCCGGCGCUCGGCUUCGGCGCCAAGAUCCCGCCGGACGGGCGCGUGUCCCACGAGUUCCCGCUGAACGGCGAUGCGGCCAACCCCUCGUGCAGCGGCAUCGAGGGCAUCCUGGAGGCCUAUCACCGGAGCCUGCGCAGCGUCCAGCUCUACGGCCCCACCAACUUCGCCCCCGUGGUCAACCACGUGGCCCGCUCGGCCGCGGCGGUGCCCGACGGCUCCCAGUACUUCGUGCUCCUCAUCAUCACCGACGGCGUCAUCUCGGACAUGGCGCAGACCAAGGAGGCCAUCGUCAACGCUGCCAAGCUCCCGAUGUCCAUCAUCAUCGUGGGGGUCGGACAGGCCGAGUUCGAUGCCAUGGUGGAGCUGGACGGGGACGACAUCCGCAUCUCCUCCCGCGGGAAGGUGGCCGAGCGCGACAUCGUGCAGUUUGUCCCCUUCCGCGACUACAUCGACCGCACGGGGAACCAGGUGCUGAGCAUGGCGCGCCUGGCCAAGGACGUGCUGGCCGAGAUCCCCGACCAGUUCAUCUCCUACAUGAAGGCGCGCGGCAUCAAGCCCCAGCCCGCGCCCCCCAGCCCAGACCCCCCCGGCCCCCCGCUGCCGCCCCCCCGGCCCUGACGGCUCCCGGCCCCGCUGUGUCCCCGAGGACCCCGCUCCGGCCCCGGUGACGGGUGGGGACGUGGCCAGAGCCCCCCCCCCCCCCCGUCCUCAGCCGAGGGAUAAAUCACUGCCAGGCACCCCCGGUCCCUCCCUGCCCCACAGAAACUGGAUUUGGGGGGGGGGGAUUGGCCACAUCCUGCACCCCCCCCCCCCAAGGACCCUGACCCAUGAGAGCUGGGG